GGGUCCCCCGGGCCGGACGAGCCGGCUCUUCCGCGGCGACUUCCCGGCCGACGCGUCGUGGGACCCUGCGGGCGGCGUUGCAGAUUUUUGCUUGGUAGGUUAACCAAAGGCAAGAAGGUUGAUCUGUCUCCAUUCUAACUUCUGACCCUGGCAAGAUCCUUGUCACAGACCCUGAGCCCAAGUCCAUCGUGCUGCUCUAUCCCCACUCCACCCCAUCACCCUGGGGUGUACCUGAGGUCUGCAGUGUGAUGAUGGUCAGUGUCCUAGCAUGACGACCUUGGACCAUGUGAUAGCUACCCACCAGUCAGACUGGGUCUCCUUCAAUGAAGAGCCACUCUUCAAUGUCCCUUCCAAGGGGGGCACUGAUGAGCACCUCCCGAGAUUGUCAUCUUCCUCAGACCCGUCCGAGAGCUCCUCCGGGGAGAACCACGCAGUGGAUGCAGGCUCCCAGGACCUUUCCCACUCCGAGCAAGAUGACUCCUCUGAAAAAAUGGGCCUCAUUUCCGAAGUGGCCUCCUCUCCUGGCACUCCCGAGCGGCCCCCAUCUGACCUGGCUUCAGCCAUCAGCAACUGGGUUCAAUUUGAAGAUGACACAGCCUGGGCCAACACGUCACCACCUCAUAGAGAAACAGCCCUGACUAUGCCUUGCUGGACGUGCCCUUCAUUCGGCUCCCUGGGCAGAUGUCCUCUGACCUCCGAGAGCAGCUGGACCACUCAUUCAGAAGACACUAGCAGUCCUAGCUUUGGUCCUUCAUAUACAGACCUACAGCUCAUCAGUGCUGAGGAGCAGACGAGCGGCAAGGCUUCUGGAGCUGACUCGACUGACGAGAGGACUGAGUGGCAGACAGGCAGGCAGACGGUGGAGAGUCCUGUUCAAGCAUGCAAGGAGCAUACCUCCACCCGCACCCACGUCCUGGACCCCUCGCCACCCCCACUCCAUCUCAGGAGGAGCCAGAGCCCUGGUGAGGGUCCCGAGGACAAUUCUUCCUCGCUCCAGGAAGAUGAAGAGGUAGAGAUGGAGACCGCUGGCUGGCAGGCGGCUAGUCCAGCCGUGAAUGGGCACCCUGCCCCUCCAGUGACUUCUGCUCGUUUCCCCAGCUGGGUCACUUUUGAUGACAAUGAAGUCCUUUGCUCUUUGCCACCAGUCGCCUCUCCUCUGAAGCCGAAUACACCACCUGUUGCAUCUGUGAUCCCAGAGGUCCCGUGUAACUCAACUGGGUCAUUUAAAAAGAGGGACCGUCCCAAGAGCACUUUGAUGAACUUCUCCAAAGUUCAGACGCUGGACAUUUCCUCCUUAAACCGUCCGCCAUCCAAAACCGAGGCUCCACCGUGGAGGGCAACCAACCCUUUCCUGAAUGAGACUCUCCAGAAUGUGCAGCCCUCCCCCAUCAACCCUUUCAGCGCUUUCUUUGAGGAGCAGGAGAGACGCUCCCAAAACAGUUCCAUUUCCAGUACCACAGGCAAAAGCCAGCGAGAUUCCCUCGUCGUCAUCUACCAAGAUGCCAUCAGUUUUGAUGACUCAAGCAAAAGCCAGUCACACUCUGUUGCUGUUGAAAAACUCAAACAACUCCAGAUUGAUGACCCCGAUCACUUGGGCAGCGCGACACUACCUGAUGAUGACCCAGUAGCCUGGAUGGAGCUAGACUCUCACCUGCCUGGGUCAGCACUCUCCCAGCCGAGGGACGGGUGGCCCAUGAUGCUCAGAAUCCCUGAGAAGAAGAACAUCAUGUCUUCCAGGCACUGGGGACCCAUAUACAUCAAACUGACAGACACUGGGUACCUGCAGCUCUAUUAUGAGCAGGGCCUAGAGAAACCAUUCCGUGAGUUCAAGCUGGAGAUCUACCAUGAGAUUUCAGAACCCCGGCUUCAGAGUUACGAUGAGAACGGCAGGAUCCACAGCCUGCGGAUAGACCGCGUCACCUACAAGGAGAAGAAGAAAUACCAGCCCAAACCCGCUGUGGCCCACAUGGCAGAAAGGGAACAAGUGAUUAAGCUGGGCACCACCAAUUACGAUGACUUCCUGAGCUUCAUCCGUGCAGUGCAGGACCGUCUCAUGGAGCUGCCCGUGUUGUCCAUGGAGCUGAGCACAGUUGGUUUGAAUUACCUUGAAGAGGAGAUAACAGUGGAUGUCAGAGAUGAAUUCUCUGGCGUUGUGAGCAAAGGGGACAACCAGAUCCUCCAGCACCACAUCUUGACACGGAUCCACAUUCUGAGUUUCCUCUCCGGGCUUGCAGAGUGCCGCUUGGGCCUCAACGACGUCCUCGUCAAAGGGAACGAAAUAGUUUCACGGCAGGACAUCAUGCCCACCACGACCACCAAGUGGAUCAAGCUCCACGAGUGCCGUUUCCAUGGGUGUGCAGAUGAGGAUGUUUUCAACAGCUCACGGACCAUCCUGUUCAACCCUUUGGACGCGUGCCGGUUUGAGCUCAUGCGCUUCAGGACGGUGUUUGCCGAGAAGACCUUGCCUUUCACGCUCAGGACGGCAGCGAGCAUCAAUGGGGCGGAGGUGGAGGUACAGAGCUGGCUGAGGAUGUCCACCGGCUUCUCCUCCAACCGGGACCCUCUCACUCAGGUUCCCUGUGAGAAUGUGAUGAUCCGUUACCCUGUGCCCAGUGAGUGGGUGAAAAACUUGCGCAGGGAGAGUGUCCUGGGGGAAAAGUCUUUGAAAGCCAAAGUGAACCGGGGAGCGAGUUUUGGCUCUGCUAGUAUCUCUGGCUCUGAGCCUGUCAUGAGGGUAACCUUGGGAACUGCCAAGUAUGAACAUGCCUUCAACUCCAUCGUGUGGAGGAUCAACCGACUGCCUGACAAAAACUCAGCUUCUGGUCACCCACACUGCUUCUUCUGCCACCUUGAACUUGGCUCUGACCGGGAAGUGCCUUCCAGAUUUGCAAAUCAUGUGAAUGUCGAAUUCAGCAUGCCCACAACUUCUGCCUCCAAAACGGCUGUAAGAUCCAUCUCUGUAGAAGACAAGACUGACGUCAGGAAGUGGGUCAAUUAUUCCGCACACUACAGCUACAAGGUGGAAAUUGAACAGAAAAAGAGUUUGAAGCCGGACUUUGAAGGAGAUGAAUCGGAAAAUCCCAAGGAGUGUGGGGUUCAAUGAGAAAGCCCUACAGCAAGGAACCCUGACCCAAGUGUCACGAUAGGGUGUGUUCCUGAAUAGCUGAAAUUUAAGUCAGUACCUGCUGUGGCCACACCAUUCUAGGUGCAGGGUAUGAGCCCUUGCUGUCUGCAGUUAACGUGCGUUUUAUCAGGAGACCCUGGGGUAGUUGCUUAGAAGAGGCUCACUGACACUGUCACACCUGGAGCACGUGGUCCACCUGGCUUUGGGAGCUUAUUGUGUAAUUAAGUCUCCUUAUCUCCUCUCAGCUUGUCUUGCAGCACUGGUAUGUGGUUUGUUGAGACUGUUAGAGUCAGGACCUGCCACAUCGGUGUGGGCACGAUCUCCUUCUCAUGUUCUCUGUCACUCGUGAGCUCCUGGAGAAGGCAGUCCUGAGAAGUGCAUUACGAAUCCACCUCUGUCACUCCCUCCAGAAAAGGUGCAAAACACAUUUCCCUCCUGGGUCUGCUGGACCUUUGGUAGGCAUCGCCAUUUUUCCCAUGUGAACACCGUGCAACAGGGGUCUUACACUAUUCCUUCCUGGUCCUCUAUUGUUUAGAUUGAAACACUUCUUUUCAUCUUUCUAACAUUUCUGUCAUGGGAUUUGCUAUCCCAAGUCACAAUAAACAAUGGGAAAAAGGCACCAUAGGAUACUUUUUUAGUCUGUGAUUAACCCAAAUUUUACAAAAAGGGUGGCUAUUGAAAGUAAAAUUGAGCUUAUUUUUCUUCAUUCUGGAGAAAAGGGACAUUAAAUGUAAGAUUAUAUUCACUUAAGGAGACAGCUUCAAUCUCUGUGAAUUCCAAAUACAGGCCACUUCUGAUUCUUGAAACACAUGGCUAUAUAUUUAUUAUACCUCAGGGGCAUUUAGGUCUUUUUAUACCUCAUAGCCAGAAGACAGUUUCACGUCUCUUUAAUUCAAAAUUAACCGGAAAGUUAAGCUGAAAAUAUAAUUUUUUAAAAAGCUGCUUAAAAAUAAUGAGCUUUCCCCCCAGAUUCAGAUUUUGAUAUUCUCAGUAUUAUAAUAGAUCAAAAAGGCAAAAGACUGUAGGGUAGAGAUUGGGAAAAGCCAUAUUUUCCUAAUGUUGGGAACAUUAAAUCCUGAUUCCAGGAAUCAGUCUUUUCCUGCAUCUGUUCCUGCUCAGCUUCCUAUUUGUACUUUGAUAUUUUCUCUCAUGAUGAAUGGAGUAAGAGGACAGAAAACAUCCUUUAUCACAAUUGUAGAAGAUACAGAAGUAUCUCCAGUUUCUGGCCAACAGAUUCAAGAUUGAUUUAUUCAGUGAAAUACAUUGAAUUCUAACUAUGUACUGACACUAGGCUAGAAAUCACAAUGUUUUGAAAUAUCUGGACAUAGAACUGAAACUAAAGGAUGAGAUUGAGUAGGUAUUAAUGGAAAACCCUCUAAGUACAGAGUGGAGUGUGCAUAUUUGUGUGCCUCUGUGUGUGUGUGUGUGUGUAAGAGUAUUAGUGGUUUCACAGCAGUUCAUUUAGAAAUGUUUUCUUAGGGAAAUGGGUGUUCAGUUUUUCUAUCAGGAAUAUAUUGAGGCUAUUGACAAAGCUGAUAUAUUCAACCUGUGUUAAUAUUUGUCCAGGGAGCCCUACAUGCGCUGUUGAUUAGCCCACAUCUGGAUACAGGAUUGGGUUCCAUUACUGGUGCCACAUCUUUAAAGAGAGAUAUUAAUAAAUUGUAUCUGCAGGCGGGUGACCAGGGUUGUGACAGGUCUAAUUAUAUAAGGCACAGGGGAGUAGGGUCCUUGCAGAACAGAAGGUAUAGCUGCGAAGGGAAUGCAUAGAGGAGGAAAUGUGUUCAUAGCUGCCUCAGAAUUUCUGUUGAGCUAUAAAAAGGAAGAGGAAUUAGACUUAUUCUCUGUAACUUCAAAGGGCAACAGCAGGAACAAAGAGGAACUUUACAGAUGACAAAUGAUUGCUGCAAUAUAAGAAAGAACUUUCUAAUAAAAGUUACUCUAAAGAGGAAUGGACUGAAGUAGUAGAAUUUCCUGUUGUUGCAAAUGCCAAAUGUUUAAAAUAACGGCCUGUCGCAGGUGCUAUGAAAGGGACUCCUAUUUGGGAUAAAUGACUACCAAAAUCCCUUCUGAAAACAAGUUUAGUCUCAGUACUGAUGUAAUAGGGCUCUCUAACUCCAGUUGUCUUUCCCUUGAUGUUUUCACGCUCUUUGAAAUAUAAUGGUGUCCCCUCUAGAGGUCUUUGUCAGGGGAUUCUAAGCAUACCCCUUCUCCUACUGACCUAAAGGCACUUGAGGUUUCUCCCGGAACAGGCUGGAGCCUUGGAAAGGUGAGUGAAGAUCAUUCCACCACCUUCCUCACUCCCCUGGCUUACCUCAAGGCCCUGCCUCACUGAGCGGCAGCACUGUGUGUUGCUUGUUGGACCCUUCUUUCCUUGGUUAAUUCUUACUGUCUUUGUGCUUUCACCUGGACUCUUAAGUCUUUUUUUUUUUUUUAAACCAAGUUGGGAAAAUUACUUCUAUGCCGUCUACAUUCAGCAAGCAAAUUAUUUUUAAAACCUACUACCCUUGAGUUCAUCUAAGUUACCUCUGUUGUUUUUAGGACAUUGACUCUGGGUAGCAUUUAGGGGCUUGGGGAAUAUAAUCCAGGUUGAACAUCCCUAACUGGAAAAUCUGAAAUCCAAAAUGUUGCAAAAUCUGAGACUUUUGAGGAUUUGCCAUUAAAACCCAAAUGAAAAAUUCUGUUGCAUGCACAAAAUGAUUUAAAAUAUUAUAUAAAAUUACCUCCAGGUCAUAUAUAAAAGAUGUAUAUCAAACAUAAAUGAAUUUUGUGUUUAGACUUGGGUCUCAUCCCUAAGAUAUUUCAUUAUGUAUAUACCAGUAGUGCAAAAGGCAAAACUGUUUGCGAUCGGAAACACUUUUGGUCUCCAGAAUUUAAAAUAAGAGUUACUCAAUCUGUACUAUACAUUUUAGAGCUAUUACUUUACUAUUAACCUACAUACAAAAUACAGCUGGACAAAUUACCUUCAUGAUAAGAUUAUUUGAUAAAAUCAUUUAAUGUAUCCAUUCUACAUUUGUCACCCUGGACUUUUAUUUCUUCUCUUUGUAGUUGCCAAUAAUCCUUUUCUUUUAUCCAUAAUAUGAAUAUAUUAAAGGUGAAUUUAUUUUACCAAUGCAUAGUAUUCCUAUCAGAACAUAAAUUAGACAUCACUAAUGAUGUCUUGCUUUCAUUUGAGUCCAGGACUUCCUUUUUUGACUUUACCAUAACAAAGGAUAAGAAAUGUACUCAUCACAGUAAGUGAAACAACAGAAUGCACAGUACUUUGUGGGGGACCAUUAAAUCCCCUUUGCCUGCUCUUAUAUGCAGAAAUAGUUAUUCUUUAUUGAAAGUUUGUAUUCUCAUAUUAAACAUUGAAGAGGUUCUUUCUCUCUUUUUUUUUUUCUAUUUGGUUUCCCUCCCCAUUUUCUACCUUCCUGUGUAACUAACAAGGUUCAUAAUCUUUGAAAACUUUUUCUUUUUCAUUUAAAAUGCUUCUUGUUUGAAAUGAGACUAAUUUCAAUUGGAAUCCAGUAGUUGGGAACAGGAGUUUAUUUCCCUAGAAACCAUAUUCCUGAGUAAUGUGUUGCAUGAAGAAGGCAAAGCAUGUUAUCUUAUUCUUUGUGUCUCCAAUACUUAGCACAAAGCUUAGAAUAUGAUAGGAUUCAACCACUUUAAAUCCUUGCUGAUAGCACAGAUAUUCCUGAAGUAAGGGUAAAUUAUUAGAUGUCCAGGAAAUGUUUGCUGGAAGAAUACUGACCCUGAGACUCUAAGACUACUUAAACUGUGCUUAUCAUCAAAUGCUCAUAUCAAGGCACAUAAGCAUGCCUUUAGUUCCUACAGAACCUAAACAGUUUUGCUUUCCUCUUAUUCUUGUCUCCAGUCAACUUUCAGCACAUAAGCACUCAAUGUGCUGCUGAUUUUGAGCUACAGUGCACCUUACAUUGAAACGCAUAUUUGUGCCCCAAAGCACAGAAUGGCAUAGAUGCCAUCCACAGUGAAGAUUAUUGAUUCACUUUUGUUCCUGUAAGUAAAACAUCUGUGAUCCCGAGCCUUGUCCAUUUCAAUAGCCAGAGGGAGAAGAAAACAUUUGAUAAAGUGCAUAGCCAGGCUUGGUGUGUUAGGUCUUUUUAUCCCCUGACAUUAGCCACUGACCAAUGUUGCUGUGUAUUUAUUUUGUCACCAUAGAGAGUUGGAGGUCUGAGAUAGUGAGGCCAGAACUCAUCCAGAUGAAGUCUUGGUUUCUGAGCUGAUUUAUAUUUCAUAAUAAGUUUAGUGAUGAGAAGGCAGAGAGAACUGAAAAAACAAUUUUUAAAAACUGUUUAUUUGAGAGGCAAAGAGACAGAUAGAUAGAGCUCCUGUUUGUGGUUGACUCCACAGAUAGAUGCUAUGGAUGGGGCUGAGCCACACCAAAGCUCAGUCCAGUCUCCCAAAUGGAUGGUAGUCACCCAACUAUUUGAGCCAUCACCCACUUCCUCCCAGGGUGCACGUUAGCAAGACGGUAGAAACAGGAGUGGAUCCAGGUAUUGAACCUAAACACCAGUGUGGGACGUGAGCAUCUUAACCACUGGCUAAAAGCUCACCCCUCUGAAGUUUUUUUCUUCAAAGCCUUGGGAAUAUUAAGUCGGUGUGAGUAGGAAGCACUGCCGUUCAGUCUACUUUUAGAUUCUUCCAGCUAGGAGUGGCAACUUUAACUUCUAAGAAUCAUGAUUAUGGGUUAAUAUACAGCAUACCCACAAUUUAAGGCAUGCAAUUUAACAAAUUCAAAUGAAACUAAAAAAAUUAAAUCCACACAUACAAAAAUCUAGUGAACCAAUCACUUCUAACACUUUGCUACCAAGUCUCAUGUAAAUUGUGACAACUCUUUAUAUAAAAUUACUCAAGGCAUCUGUUUUUAAAGAUUAUUUUCUAAACAUUACCAAUGUCUAAGUGCCAGUUCCCUACAAAUCAUCAUUCUUAAUUAUGCUUUCUAUAAAUGAGUCUGGCUUGGGAUAUUCUGACUCAUAUCUAUCCAUUUAAGGAAUUAAAAGUGAAGGAGAUAGAUAAGGUAACCAUCAAUGUUAACAGGCAUAUGAUUGUAAUAUUUUCCCAUGUGUUAGCUAAAGCAAGAGUGGAAUUUUUCCAUUUCUUCUAGUAUUCCUUAGCAAACGCAAAUCUGCCUGAGAAAGCCUAGUCCUUUGUCUUGAGAAUUGGAAAAAAAAAAAAAAAGUAUGUUAACCUGCAACCCAAGCCUUUAAAGACAGAAAGUAUUCAUAGUGUGCUCAGUAGUAACUGGAGAGAGGCAAGAAAUAACUGGGCGCAUAAAGAGCUAUAAAAGAACAGCAUAAAAAACAGAAUUUCAGUAUGAAAAAGUAAAGUGCAGAGAGAUGACAAAUAAGACAUUGGCCACCAAGCCUCAAAAUACUCACACUACAUGCCAUCUCUUAAAUUUGGAAAUAAUAAGCUCUAGGAAAAAAUAAGAUUGCAUAGCAUGGAGAAACAGUUAAUUCAGUUCAACAAGUAUUUAUCCAGUCAAGGUGCUGUGUUUGUAGCGUCGUCUUUCCCUAAGAAGGAGCAAAGGCCAAACACAGGUAUGUUGUGUCAUAAUGGGAAAUUGGCAUUUCUGUGGAUUUUUAAAGGAAACAGGCAUGGACACAAUCAAACAACAGCCAUAUCAAAUGACUUGCUUUUUCCCAGUUGAGCUUCAGUUUCCUAAGACCCAACAACAACAGCAACAACAAGGGCUGGAUUAACUGCUCAGAUCCUUCCCAGCUCUAGUUUUGUGGGUUAUUUAACAAAAUAACAUUGGUGCCACUUUGAAGAACCAAGAAAUUUACAUUUUGAAGGUUGGGAAAAUCAACUGCUUUAUUUUUCCCUUUGCACGGCUCUAUCCUUUACCAUCUGCCCAGGUGACAGAAACAGAGGAACCUGCAAUCCUGUAUACUGCAGUUGUUUUCAAAACACCAAUGAGAAUGGAGGCUCCGAGAGGGUAGGGUAGAGCAGUUCAAUUACUGCUUUGCAAGUUCAGUGACAGAACAGCAGUGUGAGUGUGAAGAGGAACAACUAGGCCUCCCAGACUGAUGUGAAGAUGUUGGUGCUACUUACAGCACAAGUAAGUCUGAUCCUCCAGUGUAGUGAGGAUGUUAGGAUAUAAGCUGUUAGAUUUCUAGGUAUGUCCUUUGAUUUAAAACAAGACUGUAGAAAUUGAGAAAGAAGAAACACUCAGUGAACAUUCUGGGACUAUGUACUAUUUGUAAAUUAUGGCAAUGCCAGAUGAGAGAAAGGGACAGGGUACGCCCCCUCCAUGUUAGUAACAUAAAAAUGUAGUUUAAAUUUUUAUAAAAACAAGUACAAGCUACAAAUCACCAUGUCUUUUGUGAUAUGUUUGAAUGGGAUUUUAGUUUCAUUUCAGGUUGUGGUGUUAGGCAUAAUGGAUCCCUCCCAACUGGUCAGAGUAAGGAAUUCCAGCAACAUCUUCCCAUUCACUCCUGUGUUCUACCCCAGCUCAUACCCUCAGUUCUGGUUGUCAACAUCUUCUACCCUCACUGUGAUGGAAGCUCUAGGCACCAUUGCUCACCUCUUAUGCUUAUCCUACAGGAACAGUUCUGGGAGCACAGAUGUACGGUCACAUCCCAACAGCAGCAUGGUGGGUUUAAAGGUUUUUAAAUAGGGGUAAGAGACAGAAAGUACAUGCAUUCUCUGACAUAAGCCAGCAGUCAUUUCCCCUUUGUGUCCACAUGCCAAAGGAACCUGGGAAAAACUAUCGUAUUCAAGAGAGGAAUCAGAGUCAGUAUUUUCACCAGGGAGUGACAGAGGAGCACUCCAUUUUUGUAAUGUCCUUAAUGAAUUUCAAUGUGUCAAGAUCUAAUGACAGAUUCAGCUGAUCCAAGUCAUAGUCUUCUUCCUCCAUCUUCAUUCAUUGUAACUUCUUGCACUAUUGUGGUUAAUUGUAUAUAAAAACCAGUUUACUUUUUUUUUUUUUUUAGAAAAAUAUGUGCCUAUGUAAUAGUCUACACACUGGCUGUCUCUGUAGAGGUGAGGUUUUAUUUUCAUUGUUCUGCCAAUUGUAAUCUGUAAAACCUUUUUUGGAGCUAUGAAAAUGAACUAUUAAUAAAAAAUGUAAACAAUGUCUCUUGCAAGUUUUAAUGAGGUCAGGCAUAAUGAAGAGUAAUGUUCAUUAAUAAGGC